AUGACCUCCGCAUCACGUGACGAGUCCCGCUUGUCUUUCUGGCGUGACGUCACCAGAGCGCGACGUUCCGUGAAGUCUUCCUUGUAUUCUGCAUCGCGAGCCGAUCGCCAGAACCCACCGACCUCCCGAGUCAGGGCUGAUCACCAAGAUUUGGAUCUGCAAGGCUCUACGAUGGGCAAGGACAGGAAUCAGAUGACAGAGAAGAUUUUGAAUCUCACUCUGGAGAUAAUUCACCUGUUGACGGGAGAGGAUUAUAUCAUUAUGAAAAAAACAGAAGAGAAUGGUACAGCAAGAAAUACAACCACAACUAUGCCUUCUCCUGAGUACGAGGACAAAGACCAGAAGAUCCGGGUUCUCGCAAAUUUGAUCAUUCAGCUGUUGAAUGAAGAGGUGGAAGAAGAGUGUGAAAGCGUCCAUCUCCAGUUCUCUGUAGUGGAGGAGCACAAGUAUGUAGAGGACCAUGACGAGGUCCAUGAGUUGGUGACUAAACCACUGGUUGGAGAUGAAGUGAGUCCUGAGGUUAUAACCAUAACAGAGAUUGUUACAGAGCCAAGUGUGAGUGAUGAACCGGAAAUCCAGGAGGAUAUAGUAACUGAGGAAACGUGUGAAGCAGAAGUGCCCAGUGAAUGCCAUGUACCUGAAGCAGAGCAUGACAUUAUAUAUUCAGAGGAUUAUGUAGAGGAAGAUGGGAUUGCUCAGGAUUACCAGAUUGAGCAAGGAGAUGAGAUCUUUCACGUGGAGUGCAAGGAUGAAAUUGUUACAGAAAUCCAUACAGAUAUGCCGAUCUGCUUUGAAACACAGCCUGAGGAACAUGAGAUCACCGUAACCGUCCCAGACUUUUCAGCAAACGAGGAAGUAGUUACUGAAAAUCUUGAUGGAGCAACUAUUAUUGGCCACAAUCUAGCAGAUGAAAGUGCUAAAAAAUAUGUUAUAAUUCAGGCUCAGGACAUAACUUCACAAGGAGAAUUGAUUCUUGCAGACUCUGUCAACGAACACACAAUUAUAUUACCUGCUCAUUUUAAAAAGCCUAAAAGCAGAACCCUCAAAGUGCAGAGAAUUCUGGAAAAGGCACAAAAACGCAAAAAGUUUAGGACGAGCUUAGCAGACAAUUUAAAAUUUUCAACUGACAUAGCGGAGAAGGCAGAAGAGUGUAUAGUAUUUUAUACCGAUAAUUUGGACCUAGUCACACACAAUGUUCAAGAAUCAAAUCCUGUGGAAGCUGAGAACCAACAUGCAUGUUUAGACUGUGGGAAAUCGUUCCAUAAGAGCUCGUAUCUUACUUCCCAUCGGAGGAUCCACACAGGAGAGAAGCCAUUUGUGUGCUCGGAUUGUGGGAAAUGUUUCCGCAACAACAGGAGCCUUGUUGUACAUCAGAGAAUUCACACGGGAGAGCGUCCAUUUGCGUGCAAAGAUUGCGGCAAAUCUUUUAUUCAGGUUUCCAGUCUGCUUUCACAUCGCAGAAUUCACACAGGAGAGAAACCAUUUUUAUGCUCCGACUGUGGUAAAUGUUUUAAAGAGCGAGCAUCCCUCAUAAGGCAUCACCGGAUUCACACAGGCGAGAAACCGUUUAUAUGUAGCGAAUGCGGACGUGGUUUCAACCAGAUCACACAUCUUGUUACACAUCGGAAUGUGUACGAAGGAGAAUGUGCCGAUCCAUUGAGUGCCAAGAAUGUGGAUAAAAAAAAUAAAGAAAAGAACCAGUAUGUGUGCCCAGAAUGUGGCAAAUGUUUCAGCCAGAACGCAUACCUCUCUGCCCAUCUGAAAAUUCACAAAGGGGAGAAACCAUUUAUGUGUGCUGAUUGCGGUAAGUGCUUCAGCAAAAACCGGAAUCUUCUUAUACAUCAGCGUAUCCACACAGGAGAGAGACCCUUCUCCUGUCAGGAAUGCGGGAAAACAUUUAAUCAAGUAUCUAGUCUUCUAUCACAUAAGCGGAUCCACACUGGAGAGAGACCUUAUUCAUGCACUCACUGUGGGAAAGGUUUUAAAGUGAAAUCAUCGCUUGUCCGACAUUACAGAGUCCACACGGGUGAGAAACCAUUUACAUGCCCAGAGUGUGGCAAGUGUUUUACCCAGAUGCCACACCUGAUCACACAUCAAAAGAUUCACACCAGAGAAAAAUCCUAAGUCUCCUUUCAAUUAGGUUAUUGUUAUAUAAACAGUGUUUUGUGCCACAGUAUAAGUCUCAGACUUUCUGGAUCCAUGUCCUUCUACAGUGGAUGUAAAUUGAGAGAAACAAUGUAUCUCCAUGUGGCACUAACAUUAAACACAAACACUUACACUUCCUUCCUGUAUUUUAUUUUUUUAUUUAAAAAAAAAAAAAAAAAAAGUAAAAGUUUGGAUGCAUGUUGAGAAUAGAAAUUCUUGUUUGAAGUAAAUUGAAAACCAGAUAAAAAUGUGAAGUUCUGCAAUAAGCCAUGCUUGUGUAUUUUGUUUUUUUAAAGCCAUAUUUCAUACCAUUGACAAAAUAAGGGCUUUAUUACUAUAGCAGUUAUUUCUACAAACGUGUAGAUUUUAUUGCUUCCAAGACAUGCUAGAAUUACUGAGUAUUUGGG